AACAGCAACCCCAUAACAUACAUGUAACCAUACAUUUUUAUAGCACUCACCCACCAAAACUAGAAAACAUAAGACCCCAAAAACCAACAUUUCACAGAAAAGCAACCAAGCAAUGUACCUGGUACACACAACACAGCAUUAUUAGCACAAAACCCAAAAACUGGUCUCGUCUCAGAAGAUUUUUUCUUGCAUUCGCCAUGGAUUGUUACAUCCAUGGCACCUUCUUCAUCAUCCUCAUUUUCUUCUUCUCCAAUACCCCAACUACAUUUUCAUCACCAUCGCCAUCAUCAUCUUCUUCUUCCUCACCAACGGCUCAGAUCAAUUCAAACUCCAUCUUGGUGGCACUACUGGACUCACAUUAUACAGAACUGGCAGAAUUGAUUGAAAAAGCCAUGCUUUUGCCGACACUCGAAGAAACCGUGGCAAACCACAACAUCACCAUUUUUGCCCCAAAGAACGAAGCUUUGGAGCGAAACCUUGACCCCGAAUUCAAGCGCUUCCUCUUGGAACCCAGAAACCUCAAAUCUCUUCAGACACUCAUCAUGUCACACAUCGUCCCAACCCGAAUCAAUUCCGAACGCAAACCCGGGUCGACCCGACACAAAACCCUCGCCGCCGACAACCACCACAUCCAAAUCAGCGCCAAUUCCACCGUUGAAUUCACCGUCGACGGCGCACGGGUCACCCACCCGGAAACUCUAACCCGACCCGACGGAGUGAUCCACGGAAUCGACUCGCUCCUGAUUCCACGCUCCGUCCAAUCAGACUUCAGCAACCGCCGGAGCCUGCGCUCGAUCGGCGCCGUGAAACCAGAAGGAGCACCGGAGGUCGAUCCCCGAACUCACCGCCUGAAAAAACCAGCACCACCGUCAAAACCAGGUUCCUCACCGGCACUCCCGAUCUACGACGCAAUGGCACCAGGUCCGGCAAUUGCUCCGGCGCCUGCACCAGGACCCGGAGGAAAACACCACCACUUCGACGGCGAAGCACAGGUGAAAGAUUUCAUCCAAACCCUAAUCCAGUACGGCGGCUACAACGAAAUGGCAGACAUAUUGGUAAACCUAACUUCUCUAGCAACCGAAAUGGGUCGUUUGGUCUCAGAAGGUUACGUUCUAACGGUUUUGGCGCCAAACGACGAAGCGAUGGCGAAAUUGACUACGGAACAGUUGAGUGAACCAGGUGCACCGGAGCAGAUUAUGUAUUACCAUUUGAUCCCUGAGUACCAAACGGAGGAAUCGAUGUACAAUGCCGUUAGAAGGUUCGGGAAGGUUCGCUACGAUACGCUUAGGGUUCCGCAUAAGGUUGUGGCGGAGGAAGGGGAUGGUUCUGUCAGGUUUGGCCGUGGCGAUGGCGUUGCAUUUUUGUUUGAUCCUGAUAUCUAUACGGACGGGAGGAUCUCCGUUCAGGGGAUUGAUGCCGUGAUGUUUCCGCCGGAGACGGCGGAGGAGAAGGCUGAGAAGGAGAAUCAGGUUUUUAGGCGGGUCGCGAAAACGGGUCAGCCCGGGAAGGUAACGGUCAAGAAGCAGAGGAGAGGAAAAUUGAUGGAAACAGCAUGCUGGAUGCUUGGAACCUUUGGACAGCACUCUAGAUUUGCCUCUUGCCAAUAAACAUACCUUUGAUAUGGAUACUAGCAACACUCCUUAUAACAAUAAAAAAAAAAUGCACAGGUUUGGUGGAAAAAUUCCAAAGAUGUAAAAAGUCAACGGAAUAUGAAGGCCAUGUUUCUUGAUGGAAUAGUAGCAGCUGUUAUUAUGGGUUUGAAUUUUCCCACGUUUUUGUUUACCC